CGCGGCGCCCCGCCCGGGCCGCGGUGGCCCGCGCGCGUGGACAUGCGGGUCCGGGAGCUGUCGCUGCGCCAGGACCCCGACCUGAGGCAGGAGCUGGCUUCGCUGGCCCGUGGCUGCGACUUCGUGCUGCCCUCGCGGUUCAAGAAGAGGCUCAAGGCCUUCCAGCAGAUCCAGGUUCAGACGAAGAAGGAGCAGCCCCUGCCGCCGGCCACCAGCCACAGCAUUCCCGCGUUCUACUUCCCCAGAGGCCGUCCGCAGCAGACGGUGAACGUAGAUGCCGUCAUCACCGAGAUCGAGAGGACCUUCGCCCGCUUCCCGCACGAGAGAGCCACGAUGGAGGACAUGGGCAGAGUGGCCAAGGCCUGCGGCUGCCCGCUGUACUGGAAGGGGCCGCUUUUCUGCGGGGCCGGGGGAGAGCGCACGGGCUCCGUCUCCGUCCACAAGUUCGUCGCCAUGUGGAGAAAGAUCCUCCAGAACUGUCACGACGACGCGGCCAAGUUCGUCCACCUGCUCAUGAACCCUGGCUGCAAUUACCUGGUGCAGGAGGACUUCAUCCCCUUCCUGCAGGACGUGGUGAACACGCACCCCGGGCUGGCCUUCCUGAAGGAGGCGUCGGAGUUCCACUCCCGCUACAUCACCACCGUCAUACAGAGGAUCUUCUACACGGUCAACAGGUCCUGGUCGGGGAGGAUCACCUGUGCAGAGCUACGGAGAAGCACGUUCCUGCAGAACGUGGCGCUCCUGGAGGAGGAGGUGGACAUCAACCAGCUGACAGAGUACUUCUCCUACGAACACUUCUACGUGAUUUACUGCAAGUUCUGGGAGCUCGACACGGACCACGACCUCCUCAUCGACCCACAGGACCUGGCCCGGCACAACGACCACGCCAUAUCCACCAAGAUGAUUGAGAGGAUCUUCUCAGGAGCAGUGACGAGAGGCAGAAAGGUCCAGAAGGAGGGGAAAAUCAGCUACGCUGACUUUGUCUGGUUCUUGAUCUCGGAAGAAGACAAGAAAACGCCGACCAGCAUCGAGUACUGGUUCCGCUGCAUGGACCUCGAUGGCGACGGGGCACUGUCCAUGUUCGAGCUUGAGUACUUCUAUGAGGAGCAGUGCCGCAGGCUGGACAGCAUGGCCAUCGAGGCCCUGCCCUUCGAGGACUGCCUCUGCCAGAUGCUGGACCUGGUGAAGCCCCAGAAUGAAGGGAAAAUCACACUCCACGAUCUCAAGAAGUGCAAACUCGCCAACGUCUUCUUCGACACGUUCUUCAACGUCGAGAAGUACCUCGACCACGAGCAGAGAGAGCAGGUCUCCCUGCUGCGGGAGAGCGAGAGCGAAGGCCCCGAGCUCUCCGACUGGGAGAAGUACGCUGCCGAGGAGUACGACAUCCUGGUGGCCGAGGAGGCUGCGGGGGAGCCGUGGGAGGACGGGUACGAGGCCGAGCUCAGCCCCGUGGACCAGAAGCUGUGUGCGCUGCGGUCUCCCCUGGCCCAGAGGCCCUUCUUCGAGGCACCCUCCUCCCUGGGCGCGGUCGACCUCUACGAGUACGAGUGCGGGGACGAUGACCUGCAGCCCUCGUGACCGUGCCCGGGAGGGACUGUCUGUGGUGGCCUGCUGGAUGCAGCGGCUU